CGGAAAACGGAAAAACGGAACAAUUUUCUGAUAGGAAAAACCCCGAAGCGCGAACAGACGAGUGGAGAAGUGGAGUCCGGGAGGAGGCUUUGGACACGCACGACCACCAAAUGCUCAUUGGAAUUUACGAUUAUGCUGCAAAAUUAUUAAACAAUAUGACCGCAACAGGAGCCACAGGAGGAGGAGGAGGAGGAGCCACAGGGGCAGAAGUAGCCACCACCACCACCAUCAUUAACAACCAAUCCGCAGGGAGUGCGUCGCAUGACCAGGAGCCGCCCAGCAGUGCUCCCACUCCUGGCGGUAAUCUAACGAGCAAGCUCCUGCAGGCCACCACCCGUGCCCUUGCCCAGCACGUGCCUGCCCUGCCCAUGUCCCUCUCCCUGCCGCCCUUGCCCGCCCUUCUCCUCCAGGCCCUCGAUGCCGCCGACGUGGCGCAUGGCCAGAGCAUUGAUCAUACGACCCGUGGUCCCACCACAACGGAAGGCCUGCCGCCGAGUCUGCCUACAACAACAACAACGUCGUCGCUUUUGGGCAAUGCCACCGCCACCGUCACCUCGGCCACUGGCAGUCCCCACAGCACGGACAGCGUGUACAGCGCCUUUGGGGGGGCCAUGAUGCCCGCAGGCAAUCUUAGCGGUUUCAUCGAGUCCUCAACCACGGCGGCCAGCUCCGUGCUAAGCAGCGCCGUCACCACGCUGCCAACGCUGCCGGCCACCAGCAGCAUGGCGUCCACAUUUCAGGCCCAAACGGUGGCCACCUUUAUAGCGGCCACCGGGGGGAAGAAUCGCCCAACGACCAUCGUUGUCUACCCAACGGUUUCACCCGAAUCGAUCGUUAUCCCGAUCGUUUCCUGCAUCUUUGGCUUCCCCAUCCUGGCCCUGAUCGUGAUCUGCUGCCUACGCCGGCGGGCCAAGCUGGCCCGGGAGCGUGACAGGAGGCGGAACUAUGACAUGCAGGACCAUGCCGUCAGCCUGGUCAGAUUUAGUCCAAUACAUAGGCUUAAUUACCGAUCGUCGCGAGCUAUCAGUCUACGUCCUGAACGAAGCCUAAGCCAGGGUUUCACCUCCCUGGAGCUGGACACCGUGCUGGAGGAGCGCUGCAGCGAUGUAGAGCAGACGCAGACAGAGAUCCUAAAUCCUGAAUCGCCCAUGGACACCGCCUCCUACAAGAUGUCGUUUUCCUCGAGCUAACAGUUAGCCAAACAGCAGCAGCAGCAGCAGCAGCUGGAGCAGGCAGCUCCUCCCCCGCUCGCUCAGUCAGAGUCCCAAUUAAAGGAGCAGCAGCAGGAGCAGGAUUUGAUAAAGGUGAGGGUGAAGGCACCGCCGUUGGCCAAGUCACCGCAGCUGUUGCAGCCACCGCAGCUAAGGAAGGCGGCCAGCGUGAGAGAUGAUCCCAGUGCGCUGGCCAAGCGAAGGAGUCGCCUUCACGAGCUGAGGGCCGCCAGCAGCAGCAGCAGCAGCGGCGGAGGAGCAGGAGGAGGAGGAAACGAGGUAGCUUCGGCCUUCACCAAGCGAGAAUCCAAACGGGAACGGCGAAGAGCUCUUGACCGAGGAGCGAGCAGCAGCAGCGGCAGUGGCGGCGGCACUGGUGAAUCCCUGGCCAUGCGCAAGUCACAUUCACUGGACGCUGCCGAGAGCUACUCGCUGGCCAGCAUCCAGGCACCGCUCUGGGUGACCCUAACGAAUGCCCGAACCAUCGAGGAGCUGGCCCAACAGAAGCUGUGAGGGGCAACCGCGUCUCUGUCUCUGCCCACCAGAAGCGUUUGUUAACUACUCAUCCCGCCCCCCCCGCCCCCGAGUUCUCCCCCGGAGCGGAGUCCACGCUCCAUCCACAUAGAGAACCUGUAAAUGUUUAGAACGAAAUUCGAAUUAGCAGCAUUACACUAACAUAAAAACCUCGUCUCUCGGCCGAUAAUUUCUGCAGCAAACAAGACUGAACUCGAGUCUGAGCUUGCAGCAGGAACCGGAAAUCGUAGUUGAGCUAUGGUCACACUGGA